CAUGGCUGCGUCCUAAAAACAUAAAUGAUUUUCUACUCAGAGUUCAAUUUUCCAUGAUUUCAAUCAAAGAAAUAGAUUUUUUUUGAAUGACUGAGUCGCGUUUAUAAACAUUGCUUAAUAUAUACGUUGACGGUCUAAAACAACGAAACUAAAACCGCGGCUGUCAACGAAAAUAAAGCUGUUGUUUUAAAUCUCAAUGGUGAAACAUGGAAGCACUGCAGUCCCCUCUCAGAUAUCUGUUUUCCGAUUUAAGGACUGAGAUUUAUUCACGACACCUGUGAUUUAUUCGGAGGAACUUCACGGCGCUUAAACGGAGCAAAAAAGAGAAUCUAGUUCCUCUGUUGUUUUUUACAAAAGCGAUGUUUAUUCCUGUGAAGUCGUCAUAUUCCAGAGUGAGCCCAUUGAUCGUUAAUCGAGAGCUGGGGAAGACCAAGAUGAGAUAGCAAGAGGUGAAACGCUUUCCUUUCGCAGUAAUCGAAACUCUGUUCAAACCAGAAAACCAGAUUUGCCGAUCCUGAGCUUUACGAGACAGCUGCGGUCAUGUUUGGAGAUCUUUUUGAGGAGGAAGGGGAUGGUUUUUCCUCGGCACCUGGAUCAGGUGUGAAGGGAAGAGAUUGCGAGCCUCCUCCACCGAGAGGGAAAAUCAAACUCUGCGGGAUCAAGAAUCAAGGCGGCACCUGUUACCUCAACUCUCUCAUCCAGACGCUACUCUUCACACCCGAGUUCAGGGAGGAGUUGUUCCAUCUCGGCCCGGGUGAAUUAGGAUGUCUGGCUGACAAACACAAACCGGAGGCAAAGGUCCGUGUGAUUCCUCUGGAGCUUCAGAGACUGUUUUCCCACCUGUUGCUGGUGGACGAACAAACAGCCUCCACCACAGACCUGACGGACAGUUUUGGCUGGACGAACAAUGAGGAAAUGGGUCAGCAGGAUGUGCAGGAGCUGAACCGGAUCUUGUUCAGUGCUCUGGAGAGCUCUUUAGUGGGCACUUCGGGCAGCAGCCUCAUACACCGGCUGUACCACGGGACGCUUGUCAACCAGAUCACAUGCAAGGAGUGCAGCUAUAUUAGUGAGAGACAGGAGGACUUUCUGGACCUGACAGUGUCAGUAAGUGGUGUAAGUGGGCUUGAGGAGGCGCUGUGGAACAUGUUUGUGGAAGAGGAGAUGUUUGAGGGUAAUAACCUCUACCGCUGCAGUGGUUGUGGUCAGCUGGUUCGAGCUGCAAAGUCUGCUAAACUGAGAAAACUCCCCCCAUUCCUGACGAUUUCUCUGUUGAGAUUCAACUUUGACUUCACCAAGUGUGAGCGCUUCAAAGAGACAGGGAGCUACGUUUUUCCUCUUACUUUCAACCUCAGACCGUUUUGUGAGCAGAGCAACUGGCCAGACUCUGAAUAUUCCUACGAGCUCUUCUCGGUCAUCAUACAUAAAGGAGGCUGUUAUGGUGGUCAUUAUCAUGUUUACAUUAAAGACAUCGAUCAGCUUGGCCACUGGGAGGCACCGGAGGAAGAGAAGAACGUGAAGAUGAAACUAAAGACUCAAAAGCAAGAGAACAAAACUGAGGAAAGAAAGACUGAGAGUGAGAAUUCUCUAGAAUCCGAGGAUCCACUUUCUGUUAUUACUGGCAUUCUGGCUCAGGAGGAGUCCAAAUGUGUGCUUGUAGACCAGCUGGGCCAAAAACUGAUGAAUAAAAUUGGCACGCCAUGGAGCAAAAAAUAUAAAAAGCAGUAUGGCUCCAUCAGCAAGUUUCUCCAGAGCCACCCUGAAGUGUUUAUGCUGAUCUCCAAUGGAACCCGUGUAGCCCUGAAAGCUGGCGUACCAACAGAAACCAGUCCUCCAGAACAAGUCAAUUCCACACCAGCCGACAGCUGCCCAGAGAACACAGAGCCGGAAACAGCAGGAGAAAAUGAAGAUCCUGAUCAAUGUCACUGGUUUGACCUGAAUGACUCCACUGUGACAGCCAUUACAGUGAAGGACAUCGAGAAGCAGUUUCAGGGGAAAGAGAGCGCCUACAUGCUCUUCUACAGGAAGACAACUCUGAAAAGACCUCCAGAGGCUAUUGGAAACCCUGCAUACAAAGUGCCACCUCACCUUUUGGAGAUGGUGCAAGAGGAGAACGCAGAGCUUCAGCACAAAAGGGCUGAGUUUGAUGCCAGCAGCAACAGCAUUGAAGUGCGGCUGCAUUUGGCGCCUCAUUACCUAUGGCAAAACGGUGCCCUGCAUCCUUCAGCCCCGGGUGAAGACUCUAUCAUCACAGUCACCUUUGACCGCAGAAAGAGCGUGGGAGACUUGCGACUGGCUAUCUAUCAGAUGCAGGAUCUUUGGGAAGGAGACAUGGCGUUGACAUUGGCUAAGAAUGUGCCAGCUGGGUUACAUUUGUAUGAUACACUGACAGAUGACCAGAUGUCUCUGUACAGUGCAGGAGUGCGUAACGGUUCUGAUCUGUUUGUAUGGAAUGGAAGAGAGGUCAGUGGUGUGGUGGUACAAACCGGUGUGGAGUGGGAGCCUGUUUUGCUGACUGUGCUUCGGCCGUCUGUAGAGGAGCUGGUCUGUAGUGACUCUGGGGCUUCAGACACUGAUGGAUCUGGACUGGUGCGUUUCAUGAAGGGUUUUGCUGGUGGAGCUACUUUAAGCACAGUGCUCGAGGCGUUAGGGCCCCAGGAUGCCCUUCUGUGUCAGGAGCAGAGCCGUCCAGGGGCCAGUGGAGGCGGAGCGAGCGGAUGGAGGGUUUUUCCACCUCAGGACAUGCAGAGGACGCUUAGAGAGCUCUUUCUGAAGGAUGGAGACGCUCUGCUGCUGUUACAGCCAGAGGAGCUGGACAGCAGUAUCUUCAGCCUCAGUGGAGAUGUAGUUACAGUGACAACGCCUUCAGACUGCCGCUGGCUGCAGGUGGAGUUUUGCCCACAGAGUGGAUUGAAGGAGGAAGAGGAGGAGAAGGAGGAAGAGGAACAGGGGAAGAAGAGGAGUAAAGUCUCCGCUUCAGGGAACAUGCUGCUGGCGGUGGUAAAGCAAAAAGCUCUUGAGGAACUUUGCCUUCAGGAUGAACUCAGUGGGGUCGAGUGCUGUCUGAGGCAAAUGGAUCGAACUGGAAAACUUUUACCUCCAGUGCAUGAGCAUCUGAGUGUUCGGGAUGCUGGGAUCAGGUUGAUGACCUCACUCUACCUGUGCCCUGGACCAGUGCCAACAGCAACACAGUUGUUCUUGUACUUCAGUGUUGGUCUAGCGCCGUCUGUAGGCCAAGAGCUGGAGAUCAUUGUAGAGGAGUCUCUAACUGUCAAAGAGUGCCUUAAGGAGAUGUUGCAGAUGACGAGACUGGAAGGUGAAUCGUGGCAUUUGAGGAGAGUGGACUGGUGUGAGGAGAUUGGAGAACCACUUAUGGAUGAGAAUGCAUCUCUAAAGGAGGCAAAAGUCAUUCAUGGGGACACACUGGUGCUGAUUGAGGGCCGUCUGCCUCCAAAGGGUUUCCUCAAGCUGUCUGUGAGGAUGUACAUGGACAUGAUCGACAGCAGACCAGAGCUGAACCACUCUGAGCCUCAAAACGCUGAGGGACUCGCCACAGAGUGCUCAGAGAUGAGAUUCAUGGGUUAUGUGGAGAUAUCAGAGGAGGCUUCACUUGACGACUUCAAGACUCAGGUGAUGACUCUGCCGGCUCUUCAGGAUGUGUGUGUGCCCAGUCCCGCGUUUAUGCGUGUGUGGCUACUGGAGGGCAAGAAACUGGCCAGGAUACUCAGAGGAAACCAGAUGACGCUCAGGAAGCUGAAACUGGGGAACGGGGCAGAAGUGUGUAUUCAUAGGCUGAUGAAGGAAGAGGACCUGAGGCAGAAGGAUUUAUUGCUGAGGGUUCAGAUGGGGGUGCCUGGAGAGAAGGCGUAUUAUCCUUCUGAGGAGUUUGUGUGGGACGCAGGGCGGGACGGUUCACCUAAGGGCCUGUACGCUGCUUUGGCAGCCCACUACGGCCUCACUCCUGACAACCUGCUUCUGGCUAAACACCUGCCUGACAAACACAGCUGGAUGCCCAUCUCCAACUGGACUCAACAGGUCUCAAAAAGGAAGAAGAAGAGAAAAGCUGAGAGUCUUCAGGCAGCUCCUUUCUACCUGAAGGAUGGAGAUAUUAUAGGUGUCAAGAAUCUGCUAAUAGACAAUAAUAAAGAAUUCACUACUCUGGAGGAUGAGAUCGGCCAGCUGAGACUCAGGGAGGAGGCAGUGAAUGAAAACACAAGGGGUCGCACUGCCACUGGAGAAUGUUCACUAGACACCGGGUCCAAGAAGACGGGCUCUACUAAAAACCGUAAACCCGAGGUGGCCUUAUCGAUCAACGUGGGAAUGUUCAGGUAACCCACACUGUGCAGCUCCUCCUCAGAGCCGCCCGCUGCUAUUCUUCUGCCAUACAGAAUCUGCUCACAGAGUCUCAGCGAGGGCCAAACUGAAGACGCCGAGCCAGAAAACCACCCUGUGAAAAACUCUGAUCUCUAUGGGAUGCUGAUCUAAAACUGAACUUCAAGUAGGAAUAUAUCUCCAAUCAUUGAGAUUUUCUUGAAGCUUUUUCCUUGUCAUUUAUAUGCAAUUAACUCCUGGAGCAGAUCUCUUUAAGACUGAGAGAUCAGUUUCAGCGUCCGCCAAUGGAUUUUUCUGCCUCAGUUCAGAGAGAUUUUUUUUUUAAAGGAUGGAUUUGACGUGUUGUGUGCAACUCUUAUAUUCUAGGCUUUUUUUAUUUUUACAAAAUCAUCAUGAUACUGUAUGGGAAAUGGUUUACACAGAUUAUGUGCAAUUAUUUAUCAUUUAUAAUGGUUAAUUCACUCAAAAAAAAUAAAACUCUGCUCAUUUACUCACCCUCAUGUCAUUCCAAAUCACAUUGAUCCCAUUUUAUUUGUGUUUGAUAAAUGUUGCGUCUAGCUUUUCUUCACAUUAUGGUGCACUCUAAAAAAUGCUGAGUUGUUUUAACCCAAUGUUAGAUCAAAUAUAGACAAACCCAACAGUUGGGUUAAAGUAAUGUCAAUUAAAGUAAACAUUUUUUUUUAAAUUUACCAAAUGGUUGGAUUUGUCCAUAUUUAACCCAACGUUGGGUUAAUGCACCCGGCAUGUUUUUAGAGUGUGUCAAAGUGUUCAUUUACUAAAUGUAAUUUAUUUGUAGGCCUGGAUGUAAAUAGGAGCAAGAUUUACUUCAGAUUAUCAAUGAAAAUAUAUUUACAUUUUGGUCUUUUCUCAUAGUUUUCCUCAUAUUGUAAUGCUAUUGUUUUUAAAAAAUAGCUUAUUGGUGAGAUCGCUCAUUUUUUAAAUACAUUUAUGGUGCUUUUUUUUUGUUGAAAAUCUUCAAUAACUCAUGAAGUUUCUUAUAUAUAUUUUUAAUGAACUCUUGCUUUUUAUCUUUAGUCAAUAAAUCACAAUAAAUGCAUAUAUUUUCCAAAAAUAGUUUAUUUCUCACAGCGCGGCAGUUAAUUCAGGUGAAUUUUCAUGUCAAGUUUAUAAAAUGCUUGGAUGAAUGCUUAAUGUGCUCAUAGUUUAUAGAAGUCUUUAAAACUGUCUGACCUCCGUCUCCUCUCCUACUGCCAUCAGCUGCAUAUGCAGAAAUAAUGCAUUGGACUGUAACCAAAAAACCCUCAGCCCUCAAUGGCCUUUUAUUGAGAAUUCAUUGUUGUAGAUGUAGAAACAAGAUAAAUUAAAAUAAUAUUCUGUUUCAGAGAUAUAGCAAUCAGGGACGUAGAUCACUUUUGUUGUUGUGUUCCAUUGAGGAAAAAAAUAGAGAUUUAUUUAAUCUGAAAUGGUUCCGAGUAUAAAAACAGUAGUUCCUUAAGAAACCGUUUCCUUUAUGUAAUGAGCUGCAUGUUUUGUUAAAUAUUGUUUGACUAACACUUUAUUUUGAUGGUCCACUUGAGUAUUAGUAGACUGUCUGCUUAAUAUCUGUUAAAACUGCUCCUUCAACAGACAUUUACCUGACUAUAAGAGACUUUGCAAGUACAUGUCAACUUACACUAACCUUAACCCUAACCCCCUUAUAAUCUAAUGGGAAUUAUUUGGCAUGUAGAUGCAAUGUAACUUAAAUUCAGCAAACAGACCAUCAAAAUAAAGGGUGGCCAUUGUUUGCCUUGUUUCUAAUAAAACUAAUGUUUAGUAGUACUGUUUUUAAAAAUGACAACAUGUUCAAAAAGCAAUGUUGAGUAUAUAGUAGUCAAUUUACUUUUUUCCACUAAUGAUUUUUUUUUGCAGUCACGAUUUCUGUUCAUUAAAGUUUACAAGAAAUAAAUCCACCAUUU